AUGCCGAGAGCUCUAGUGCAAUCAGUUGCCCGGGCUGACGCGGAGGCCGAGAACCUCAACACCCAACGGGAACUGGCACUGGCAGAUCCAGCUUCGGUUGUGGAGAUCGCCAGCAAGAAGGCGGGCAAGGCUAUAGAGCGCGCGGAGAGGAAUGCAGCUGAUGCGCAGGUGUUGCACAUGCGGCUUCACACGCAAAAAGCAACCAACUUGGUCCGCAACUUCAGGGACGAGCUGCGUGUGCUCAUGCGACGUCGUAGCACCACAGGUCUCAAGAGACAACUCGCAAACUUGGAUCGGAACUUGGCAACGCUGAAGGACUGUGAACACUACAGAUCACAGCGGUGCAACAAGUUGAGCAAGAAGGCUUUGAGCGCCGUGGCCCAUGACGCCAGUGUUGCUGCUCAUGCUGCAGAGAGGCUGAUUCAGACGAGCCGGAUAGCAAAGCGGCGGACCUUCCCUAUCCUGGACCUGCUACGCAUAGGCAUUGGGCCAGCUCCGGACCAGCUGGAUGCGCUCGAUGCCCCAAAUCCACCUGACUAUGUUCCACCUCCGGGGCCUGUCGCAGGCACCGCGGCAGGCUGCAACUGUGCUCCACACUCCCGCUGUGCCGGGCGGGGUCGGGAAUUUCCGUGGUGCAAGAUUAACCGAACAGAGCCUUGUGCGUUGCUGUCUCAGAGAUCCUUCGUGGAUGCUUCUGGAGCGGACCAUCGCGUUGCUGGGUCGGGACAGCCCCCUGCAGUCUGGGACUAUUGUGGCCCACCGAAGGAGAAUUCUGAGACGGUCCAUGCAGGUGCACACUGCGAGAGAAGAGAUGACAUCGUGCAGAAAUAUCAUGACGACACAGACUUCUGGAAUAAGGAUGGCAAUUUCAACUGGAAUAAGGUGCCUCGCAGGGAUCGGAUGACGCUUGAAGCCAUGGUUGUUCCCAAAGAGGGCAAAGGUCUCUGCGUGCGAACACCGUCCAGUGGGUCGCACUACGUCUGCCCCACGGCACAGGAUGAUCUAGACGAGGCCACGCCAGAAGGAACCGAGUGGGCACGUACACGCACGUGGGAUUUCUGUGUCCCUCCUGCACCUGAAGAGAAGAUCAAAGUGUUACAGGAGCUAGAACUGGAGAGACAGGCCGUGAAUCAGCAGGGUGGCGUAGAGAUGCAACAGGAGCCAGAACCCUUCCGCAAGCCCUUCGAGAAGGAUCCUUCAGCGGAGAAUCAGGAAAACGCGCUGCAGCAAAGCAGCGGCGAGCCACAGCCUUCACACGCCGAUGAAACUGCCACCGGUCCGCUCGGUGGACCGGUCCUUGUACAAGGAAUUGACUUCUCUAAGCUCUCGGCAGCGCUGCUGGGAGUGCUCCCGUGGGCCAGUCGACCCCGGAAAGAUUACGCAUGUUUCCUCUAG